AUGGAGACGAGCAGUUCGAGCAGAGUGAUGGGCAGCGGGGUUGGCAAGAGGCGCCACGGGGACGUGGAGGCUGCGGAGGAGCUCAAGCGACAGAAGCAGGACGAGGGGAACAUCGACGCUGCGUUGCUGAACGAAGUGGGCGACGAGGAGCCGGAGGAGCAGCAUCGGGGGCCGGAGGAGCACGAUAGCCACUACGAUGCGACCGCUGUCGCGGUCGCAUCCGCUGCGUACAGCGAUCUGAUGCAGCAUCCGGGCGAGGAGAAGCACCGGCGGGCGCUGAAGAGCAGGCGCGGCGACGAGGACGAGGAGUUCGAGGAGGAGGAGGAGGAAGAGGAGGAGCUGGACGACCAGAUCAAGGACCCGGACCACAUUCCGGAGCCCGAGAGCGAGCGCAAGGCGCUGCUGGCGGGCGACGAGGAGGACGAGGACGAAGAGGAGGGCAAGAAGCUGUUUGGAGCGGCCGCGGCGGGCCGGCGGGGCCGCAAGCUGGCGCCGAUGACCGGUUCCGAAGAGUGGAAGAGGCAGCGCAAGGACUCGCACAAGGAGGUCGAGCGAAGACGCCGCGAAAACAUCAACACCGCGAUCAACAAGCUCAGCGAGCUGCUGCCCGUCAAGGAGUCCAGCAAGGCCGCGAUCCUCGCGCGCGCCGCAGAGUACAUCCAGAAACUGAAAGAGACCGAGAGUGCCAACAUCGACAAGUGGACGCUGCAGAAGCUGCUGAGCGAGCAGAACCAGUCGCGGCUGACCAGCGCCAACGAGCGGCUGCAGGACGAGCUGGGCAAGGCGUACAAGGAGAUAGAACAGCUCAAGCACGCCCUCAAACAGGCAGGGCUCUCCUACGACCUGCACCAGGACCACCAGAAGCAGCCCCAGGACGCUCUCGACAACUAG